AUGCAGAAGCGGUUUGCGUUUUGCUUGAAGCUGAAACAACAGUCAUUCCACGCCGCAAUCAGCGAGGUGGGUUCAGGGUUGCUUUUGGUGGCGGGCUUUGCCCUCUUAAUACCGAGCGCUUUCUUCUCUGCCCUGAGAGGCUCGACCACCAGUUCCGAGGGUGAAGGCUUUACAGAGGUCCGACUACGCAACAAUACGUUGAAGAUCAGCCAAGUCACAUCUAUUAUCCUUAUCGUGGCCUUCUUGGUAUAUCUAUGGUUCAAUGCGCGUAGUCAGGAGAGCAUCUUCCACGAAGUUCUCGCCUCCGAUGAAGAACGGGACACAGAUCGUCACAGAGAUCUACACAAAGCCAAACUCACCUUCACCGAAUGCGUCAUCGCUCUUGCGAUCUCCCUCACGUUUGUCACUCUGAUCGCCAUCUUUCUCGUCGAGGAGAUCCGUGACGUUGUUCAGACGGGUGUUCCGGAAAACUUCCUCGGCUUGAUUCUAGUGCCGCUUGUUGAGAAAGCAGCGGAGCAUCUUACCACUGUUGAUGAAGCCUACGACAAUCAGAUGAAUAUCGCGCAAACUCGAACCGUGUUGGAGACGAGUUUAUUGUCGGCUUUGAGCAAGAAAGCAGAUGGUAUUGUGUGCGUGAGGAAAGGACGCUAUGGAAACGAUGAUGGUACAGCUACCUCGAAGAAGGAUGAGUGUUGUGGUUCUGAGAAGACGACAGGUUAUUCUGUCCUGAAAAAUAUGGCUGCUGUGGUACUGAAGGGCCAGGCCAUGACUUCAGUAGCACAACGGGAACAAGUGGCUGCCCCAGUGAAAGCAAGGCUGGUCUUUACAAUCCUGAGCUGGAACACGUUGGUACCAAGAAUGGCGAUCGCACCAUUGUCGACAAGAAAGUCUGCCUGUUCUGUUAUUGCAGAGCUGGGCUGCAGCGGUUCUGCGAAGAAGGACCACAGCUGCAAUUUCAAGAAGGCUCGCUUGGGCGAGACGCUGAAAAAGUGCUGCUGCACGAUCGCACCUUGCUCCGACAAGUCGGACUGCUCCGAACCCGAGGAAUGGACCACUGGCCUCAAAACAACUGGGACCUGUUGUUGCGAUUCUGAACCGGAUCAGCAAAGUCUUACCCAAGACGCCUUCUUACCGUCGCUGUCACUUUCUAUCCUCUACUUGUCCGUCCAGUCAUUCUCGGCACAGAUGGUUACGCACCUCCUUGCCGUCGGGUACACAUCAGCGGUCGUCAUGAGUCGAAUUGGUCCGGUCAAAUCUGGAAGAUGGGUUUUGAGCCUUCAGAUGCUGUGUCUAGUUGCAGCAGUCGCUCUCUUCUGGACUGCAAAAGCACCCCUCGGCACUGCUUCCGGGCUCGUGGGUGGCACCAUCCUCAGCAUAGUCGGUCUCUGGGGCUUUCAUCUUUCUGCUCAAGUCAUCAUCUAG